AUGGGGAGAGGCAUCCUUAACGCCGGGCCCUCCUCCUGGAUCGCCGCCGUGGCCACUGCCGCACCAGCAAGCUUCCUCGGCGCCCACGCCGUCCUCCUCACCUCCGGCCACCUCUCCUCCCGCGCCUCCGCCAACUCCCUCCUCCGCGCCGCCCCCUCCCCCUCCGCCUGCGCGCUCAUCCUCCGCCUCCUGCUGCUCCACUGCCUCCGACCCGACCACAUCUCCCUCUCCUUCUCCCUCCACUCCUGCGCCCGCGCCGUCGUCCCCACCACCACCACCCGCAACCCGCUCACCGCCCUCUUCCACUCGCUCGCCCUCAGGCUCGGCCACGCCCGCGACGUCUACGUCGCCAACGCCGCCGUCUCCUCCUACUUCGCCGCCUCCGACGUCGCCUCCGCCGACCGCCUCUUCGCGGAGGUCUCCGACGACGUCGCCGACGUAGUCACCUGGACCACCAUGGUCACCGGCCACGCAAACGCCAGCAAUCUGGAGCAGGCGAGGCGCUUCUUCGACGCGAUGCCCGAGCGGAACGUCGUUUCCUGGAACGCGAUGCUGGGCGCGUACGCCAGCGCAGGGAUGCUGUCCGAGGCGCGGGAACUGUUCGACGCGAUGCCUGAAAGGAAUGCCGCCACGUGGAGCUCUAUGCUCACUGGGCUCGUGCUGUCGGGACGCUGCGGGGAGGUGCUGAGGGUGUUCGCUGACAUGGUCCGUGGCGGCGCCGUGCCCAACGAGCCCGCGCUGGUUAGUGUGGUCUCGGCGUGCGCGCAGCUGCGGUCACUGGAGCACGGCGCGUGGGUGCACGCGUACGCCGAGCAGGAGCUGCAGGGGGCCAUGAGCGUCAUCCUCGCCUCCGCCAUCAUCGACAUGUACGGGAAAUGUGGGGAUAUCCGCAGUGCCGUCAGGGUGUUCGCUGCGAUGCCCUUGAGGAACGUCUACUCCUGGAACGCCAUGAUCGCUGGGCUCGCGAUGAAUGGCGGAGAGAGACAAGCCUUGUCGCUCUUGUGGAAGAUGCAGAUGGCUGGUAUUCAACCAAAUGACAUAACUUUCAUCGGGUUGCUGAGCGCUUGCUCCCACUCUGGCCUUGUGAAUGAGGGCCGACGGUUGUUUGACAGUAUGAUCGAGGACUUCGGGAUACAACCAGUCCAACAACAUUACGGUCUUAUGGUUGAUUUGAUCGGCCGCUCUGGUGGUGUCAGGGAGGCGAUGUUUUUCAUCAAGAGCAUGCCUGUGGAACCUCACCCUGGCUUAUGGGGCGCACUAGCUAGCGCCUGCAAGAUGCAUGGUGAGGUGGAGCUUGGUGAGGAGGUUGCCAAGAAGCUCAUUGAACUGGAGCCUCGCCAUGGCAGCCGAUACAUCCUCCUGUCAAACUUGUAUGGCUCUGCGAAUAGAUGGGAUGACAUGGCCUUUGUGCGCAAGAUCCUCAAAAGGCGCAAGGUGCCCAAGGGCACUGGCAAUGCAGUGGUUGGAAUGACAUACAAUAUGUCCAAUGAUUGA